GUCCCAGGCCUGGCGGGGGUUCACCUCCACCUGACACCACGUGUCCCUGCGCAGGUUCAGCUGCAGAAGAGCCCGCUCCCCGGAUCCGGACAUCUUUUCUUCUUUUUAUCUAUAGAGGGACCUCCAGAGAGAGAUCGCAUCGUGCGAGCCGAGAGACGCCGCGCCAUCAGCUGUGACCGCGUGCGGAUUCCGGUCUCCGCCGCCUCGCCCGCGUAGUUCCCCAUCCCUCGACUCGGCAGCGGAGAGGAGGAGGAGGAGGAGGAGGAGGAAGGAGGAACGAGGAGGAACGAGGAGGAACGAGGAAGGAGAAGAGUAAACCGGCGUCAUGGUCGCCGGCGAGCUCGUGCAGGAGCAUCUGCGCGCCGACCCCGGCGCACCUGACGACAUCACUGUGGACAGGAAGCCCCCGGAGCCGCAGGGCGCAGCCGAGCGGUGCGCGCCGCCGACGCACGCAGCGGAGCCGGCCGGCGGCGCGCGGGAGGCGGUCGUCGACUCCGCGUUGGAGCUGGAGACGGAGGAGACGGAGGCGCUGCCGGAUGAAGGAGAGGCCAUGCUGCCCAGCGGAGGAGGAGGAGGAGGAGGAGGAGGCGACGAGGCGGGAGAGGAGCAAGGGAAGCCGCUGGAGACGGGACUGUCCCUGAGCCGGUUCGCCGUGCUCGCCGUCUUCUGCCUGUACUCCAUGGUGAACGCCUUCCAGUGGAUCCAGUACAGCAUCAUCACCAACGUGUUCACGCACUACUACGCGGUGACCAACGACAAGGUGGACUGGCUCUCCAUCGUCUACAUGGUCGCGUACGUGCCGCUCAUCUUCCCCGCCACCUGGCUGCUGGACCGCAGGGGGCUGCGGCUCACGGCCCUGCUGGGUGCGGGCCUCAACUGCGCCGGCGCGUGGCUCAAGUGCGCCAGCGUGAGCCCCGAGCUGUUCGGCGUCACCGUCACCGCGCAGGUCGUCUGCGCCGUGGCGCAGGUGUUCAUCCUCGGCCUGCCGUCGCGCAUCGCCUCCGUGUGGUUCGGGCCCCGCGAGGUGUCCACCGCAUGCGCCACGGCCGUGCUCGGGAACCAGCUGGGAAUAGCCAUCGGCUUCCUGUUGCCCCCCGUGUUGGUUCCCAACACGCCCAACGACGUUGAGCUGACGGGUCGCAACAUCAGCGUCAUGUUCUACGGCACCGCCGCCGUCUCCACGGCCCUCUUCGUCCUCGCGGUUAUAGUCGUAAAGGACCGGCCACCCCUCCCUCCCAGUCGGGCCCAGGCCGUCCUGCCAGACACUCCGCAGGAGGACUACUCCUACAAACAGUCCAUCGUCAACCUGAUGAAGAACAAAGCCUUCAUCCUGCUGCUCGUCAGCUACGGUAUUCUGACGGGCUCCUUCUACUCAGUCUCGACGCUUCUCAACCAGAUGAUCAUGUCCUGCUAUGAGAACCAGGAGUUGAACGCCGGCAGAAUCGGCCUGACUCUGGUUGUGGCCGGCAUGGUCGGCUCCAUCCUCUGCGGCCUGUGGCUGGACCACACAAAGAUGUACAAGAUCACGACGCUGAUCGUGUACGUCCUGUCGUUCCUGGGCAUGGUGGUCUUCACCUUCACCCUGGACCUGGACAAGAUCCACCUGGUGUUCGUCACCGCCGGAGUCCUGGGGUUCUUCAUGACGGGUUACCUGCCCCUGGGCUUUGAGUUCGGAGUGGAGAUCACGUACCCCGAGUCUGAGGGAACGUCGUCGGGACUCCUCAACGCGUUCGCCCAGAUAUUCGGGAUCAUCUUCACUCUGAUUCAGGGUAAACUGACCACAGAUCACAAUCCUCUGGUUGGAAACCUCUUCCUCUGCGCUUGGAUCUUUCUGGGAAUACUGCUCACAGCCUUAAUCAAAUCCGAACUGAAAAGACACAACGUCAACAUGGGUGCAGCAGGCAGAAACCUACAAGCAGUCCCCAGUGAGUGUCCCGAGGACCAACCGGGGGGCAAGAAAACCAACGGACCAACGCGACGGUCCCCCCCCCCGACCGCCCCUGGGGUCGGCAGGGGCCCCGCGGUCUGACCCGCGCCCGAAGGGGGACUGGAUGUUUUUUUAUUGCCAAGCAUAGUUUCCUGUGAUAUUCGGGGGGGGAAAGGAGGGGAAAGUCUAAUCAAGCACAGCCACGGACCAGGGUUGCUCCUCUGGGGAGAAGGAUCCGGGUUUCCCCUCGUGCUCCCAGUCCACUUGCACAGUUUUCAGAGGCACUUCCUUCAGAUUUGCUCUCGGAAAAACGUCUUUUCUUUUGGAUGGUGUAAAAUGACCAUGCGAGUGGCCGGAGGCAGAAGAAGCUCCGCCGCACUUUCUCCACGUUGCAGUCUGUGUGAAUGCGCCGCUUGUCGUUCGGUUACUGGAUGCACCUCUGGUGCCGGAGGAGCAGGUGAAGUCUGGAGUUUCUUGGAGCUUCUCCUCUGGAGGAAACGGAGACCUGUAGGUUCUGGUUUUUCUCCCCGCACGGGCCAAACUUUCCUGAUUUUACUUGAAUCCUCCGUCGAUGCCCCCAGAUUUACAUAUGAAUUUAAUUCUUAGUAGGAGUUUCGUUUUUCCACCAUGUCCGACUGCGCCUACCUGGUACUGCAGGUGUGUCCCUGGGCUUUUUCCCCUCUCGACAAAGAAACCGGAGGGACUAUGGAGGAUCGCGGAGGCCAUUUUGGAGCACUUAAUUCCACUUAAACGUAGAAACACUAGCCACUUAUGAAGGGGACCCGAUUUAAAUGACAUUAGUGAAUCAUAAGCAAUUCUCAACGUCUUUUGGUCUUGAACUAAUUUCUGUCAUCCAUCAUAUAUAGAUUGUUUGUUUGUUUUUUCUAAAUCAAGACAAAAAUUCUAAUGUGAAAUCCACACAGUUACAAGUUACAGAUGGAAUAACGCCGUUAAAGGAGAUUAUGACGUUAGAGAAUAUGUAUGUGUGAUAUAUUUUUCACAGCCCAAAUACGCUGCGGCGUCUCUGCCACACAAACCACGAUGGACCAAGCGGAAUGUGAACAAGAAUCCAGAGUUCAGCGCACAAUGAGAAAAAUACACGCACAACUUGAAGUUUUUAAUACGCAAAUGUGUUUUUUUUAAUUAUUUGUUAUGUUUUACUCCUCUCCGUUACUAUGCAGAGAAUCUGUAGGCGACGGGCGACUCGAGACGCGAAGGGCUCGGUAGAAGAAUAGCGCCAUCUUGUGGGUUUCACGCGCUAGUGACGAAGCAAGCAGAGUGGACAGGGGAAGCACAAAUAUGUAAAAAAAAAAAAAAAAAAAUCCAGAUCCACGAGUUUGUUUAGAGUUUGUCACAUAUUAUUAUAAUAAUAAUAAGUAUGAGCAUUUUAUAUAUAUAUAUAUAUAUAUAUAUAUAUAUAUAUAUAUAUAUAAUGCUCAUACUUUUGUACAUUAGUUUAAGUGAAACUUUAAAUUCAGGACUUUUAACGUAGUACUUUAACUAGUUAUUAGUAUUUUACUUCAGUUUCAGGAAAUGGCAUCAACUGGCAACAACUUCCCCCUACAACACAUACAACAAAAUAGUUCAAAAUUAAAGAGGGAACAAACUUUAUUGAUUAAAGGCAUUCAACAGUGACAUGCUUUUACAAAAUAAUGACAUCUCUCUGAUCUCUCACGUCUGAGAAUAUUAAUCAAAAAUCAGCAGAGAGGUGCAUUACCUUUUUUUUUUUUUUUGCCAUAACAUACUAUUUAAUGUUUGUCAAAAAGCAUGAAACACAACUGCAUAGUUUUCAGAAACCACUUAAAAAAAUCUUUUCAUGUGUUGAAAAUAUUUGUUUGCUUCUAUUUUGUUCAAAACCUUUGAACAUAUUUUGAGAGUGUGAAACUGUCCAAAUGAUUUUUCUGCUUUGUGGAUGACGGUCUAACAUUAUUGUGAGUUUUUUAUAGCAACAAUGUUUAUACAGCACUAAAGUUUUGUUUGUAGAUUUUUAUUUGUUUUUGUUAGGGUAUUUAUUAAUCUGUGAGUGAAUUGUAGCAAAUUGUGCUGAUUAAAAAUAUUUAAAAGUUCAUAACAUGCUUCUCUGGUCUGCAAGAUGGUGAUGUUUCAUGAGAUAUGAUUUCAUAUUUCUAAAGAAUUUGCACAAACAAGUGUGUUUUCAGUCUCAUAUUUGGGAAGCCACUUUUAAAACUGUCUCCAUCCGGUUUUCAACCUUUCUCCACAUGACCAAAAAUAUUUUACGAAUGAAAAGGAUACUUAUGAUUCUGUGACUGCUGCUGAGACAAUUCACGUAUCAAAUCCUCAGUGUGGUGCAAUGCUCUCUUUUUCCCCCCAUGAAACAGAUCAUUUGGAUUUAGUGUUUUACACGGUCAUGUGAAUCAGUUUGAAAGGAGGAUCAAUCAGUUAUUGGUUUGGGUCUUUUCCCUGUAUUUUUUUGACAAUAAGAUAAAUAUAGAAUAUCAUCACGCUUACCUUAAAUGUGUUGUUUCCUUCAUCUGUGAAGCUGUUGGAUCUUUGGUUAUUUUAAAAUCAGUCCAAACACUGUGGGAUGUCUGAGAAACGUGUCUGCUGUCAUUAAUUCUGGGAACACACUGUAUGCAGAUGACAUUACUCUUUAUGUGUCUGUUGGAAUCAAGAGACGCUGAGUAAAAUAAAAGCAAUUUACUCCAGUA